UGCACCAUCUUUCACACAUGUUCCGUGGAGCUCCACAAAAACAUGCACAGUAGUCAACUGAUCACCUGCUGAUGUGAUGGAGGACUGAGAGACAACAUGCUGAUCUGCUGGAUACUUUUGCUCUGGAUGCAGAGCCGCAGCAUCUUCGCACAAAACACAGAAAUCGGUUUGUCAACAAACGAACUUCAACUGCUGGCAUCAGAAAAUGAACCAACGUGUUUUGCAAGAACAGACUCUGAUUUCACAUGCUUUUGGGAGAGUGUAGCAGGACAUUCUUAUAAAUUCUUCUAUAGGAUAGACCGAGACCAACAUGAGUGCAAUCUCACCCAGCAGACAACCGAUAAUGGAACCAUUCUCCAUGUCUGCUUCUUUAAUCCCGCCCAUGUGUACCGCUUCAUUCCCAUCGAGCUCUCUGUGCUUGACGUCCAUGCCAAUGAGACAGUCCUUCAGCGGGAGGUUUAUGUGGACGAGAAAUUAUUGCCAUACCCUAUGAAGAACAUCUCAAUUGACCGGGUGGCAGAACCUGGACAGCUGCAGGUGAGACACAAGACCAACAGGGGAGGACAGCAAUUGGAGAUCAAAUACUUCUCCCAGACCCAGCCAUUGAGGACGGAAACGGUGAAGUCAUCAAGCUCAGGCCCAUAUACUAUGAAGGACCUGGCACCAGGAGAGGUGUGCUCAGUGCAGAUGAGAGUGAAGUCCAGGAAAUCAUUCUGGAGUGACUGGUCAAAGCCUACCUUGGUCAUGAUUCCCCAGAAAGCAGAGGCUACAGACCUGCUGUGUUACACAUCAGAUUUAUGGAGCAUCAACUGCCAGUGGAACAAGCGAUUUGAAGUAAAGGAAGGCUCUCAAAAUCACAACUUUGCCAUUCUCUACAGAACAAAAAUGGGCACUGACUGGGGAGAUUGGAAGAAUUGCACCAGAGGAAACGGCACCCAGGGCUGUAGCUUUGAUGGCGAACAGUACAGAGAUAACCAAGUCAUCAUCCGGGAUGGCUCCGGACCACUAGAUCAGAUAUUUUACACUGAGGCUUUCAAAAUGAACAACAGCAUAAAGACUGGACCCCCAAUGGCAUUGCGGGGCGAGGCGGACGGUGCAAGGCUUCACCUGCACUGGGACGCACCUUCCGAGGUCUUCGCACAACACCUGAUAUAUGAAAUACGCUACCGCUCCAGGGACCAGGCAGCUUGGAAGCACUUCACCUGGCAGAGUCCAGAGGCCAGCCUACAUCUCAAUGAGCAAACAGGCAGCCAGUACCUCGUCCAAAUCAAGGCCAAGCCCAACGGUGUACUCUACGAUGGAUAUUGGAGCGACUGGUCAGACGUGCUGACUGCUGACUUGCCAUCCAACAAUGGGUUGCUGUUCUUUGCCUGCAUUCCCCUUGUCAUCCUCCUCCUGACAGCUGUGAUUACCUCAGUGCUGACACGCUACUUCAGCUUUAGGAAAAUCAAGCAGUAUCUGUGGCCACCAGUUCCCAAAUUGGACAAGAUCUUGGAGAGUUUCCUAACAGAAGGACCUCAGUGGGACCCCACUUUCAACAUCAAGCAAUGUGAUGACACACCAGCGUCAGUGGUGGAGAUAGUGUCUGACAACCACGCAAGCACCGAGAGCAUUCCGGCUCCGUCCACCCCAGAGAUGGGCCUCUACAGUCGGCUUAGUCAGAAAGAAGACGCGGGUGGCGAAGGGGGCUACCUGGAGGCAGGCCGCGACUACGUCACCUUAACCACCAAGGUCAUGAUCCCGUGUCUGUCGGGCAACGAGUACGUAUAUGGUGACGCGCCCGUCGGCUCGGCAGAGAUGCAAUGCCACUGCAUGACCAAUCAAACCCGCAGCUCGAGCCUCACAGAGCUGACCUCCACCAGCCUCCUCAACCAGUCCUACCUGCUGCAGCUGAAGGACGACCAGGUCCCUCUGGGGUGCGAUAGUGGCCAUGGUGACCGCUACACCAACCUGAAUGAGUCAGUCACCGGAACUGCGCAAAGCCUUCAUAUAUCCUCGACCGACAUGUAACAUGUUACCUUACAUGUUAAUAACUGAUGUGAAGUAAAUACAUUUAAACGUACUGCUUCCGUGGUACAGUAAGUUGGGAAAACCAAAAUGGGCCUUGCGUAAGGAGAAAUGAAUCAAUAAGCAACAUUUAAAAGGUGCAGUGUCAUUUUUUUGUAGUUUAUUUCCAUAAUUCAUGCUGCCCAUUCACAAAUGUUACCUUUUUCAUGAAUACUUACCACCACCACCAAAUUCUAACUAUUCAUUAUGACUGGGAAAAUUGCACUUUUCAAACAUGAAAAGGAGGAUCUUCUCCAUGCCAUUUUGAAUUAAACAGACAUUUUUAGCAGCAAAACGUACUGUUCUCUGGUUAUACUAGUAAAUAUUUGGGUUUAUUAUUCAGUGAAUAUUAAUGAAUAGAUCAACUUUGGUAAUAGGCAGCACAGUUGCAAUGAGCAGCAUAGUUGCAGUACCCAUUCUGGCCGCAUUCUACACAGUGCACCUUUAAAGAAUAAUCGGUAAGGGGAACCUUGGCAUAUGACACGAGUUGUAACACAGUUAUUGGAUUCCUCAGUGGUGAGGUAAACCAUGGGAUAAUGAAGUGUAAAUAAGCUACGAGUGUAAAUAAUUCUGACCACUGUAAAUACCACUCCAUAUUCAGCUACCAUACUUCCACCUUGUAAAUGUAAAGCAUCCUUCACACAUUGUAUAGUGAGCUCAAGAUGCAUUGAAUAACUAUUACGCAAUAUGGAAAUUAUGAAGCAUCAACUUGUUUUUUUUGUGUGCUACGCGAGGCCAUAAAUGUUUGGUUUAUUCAUUCCUAUAUACACAUGCCUGUGUUUUAUAUAUGCCUAUACAUACCGUAUAUACAUGCCUGUGUUUUACUGUAAGCUCUGGAUAUUAAGGAAUAAUAAAAUAUUUUUUAUACCUGCAUGAAUCAGUUUUUCUUUUCAAAGUCACUGUUAACUAAGUCCAGUCAUACUGUUAAACCCUUUAUUAAGCUCACACAAACUUUACAUGCAUGUAUUUACAAUUGUUCAUAGAAAAUAUAAUAAAAACAGUUUUCAAGGACACUGAGGACAGAGGAUGACAAUUCACACACACAAAGGCCCUGUUGGAUAAAUUAAAAGACAGAACGAUUUGUAGUAGUAAAUAUGAGCAAAACAGAUUCUAACCUUCUAAAAGAAAUGACUAAAACUAGUCUCUGAGGACUCCUCAAUUCUAUAAAAUACAAUGUGAUUUGUGGAUUAAAAAAAAUGCCAAUUACACAGUCACAACAAGCGCUCACUCCUACAGUCUGUGUGAACUGGCUGCCCUCGACUUGAAACAGAAGCUGUUCAAAGAGGAACCAAAACCUGAACUGUUUCCACCCAUAAACCAGAAAUCAUCAACCGCACACGUGCACACACUCUUACACACACACGUACAACUUUCAAAACAUUAAAUACUGUAUUUCAUGACAACAUCAUCUAAAGGAGCCGUGUCUAUAAGAAAAAACAAACAAACAAACAAAAAACAAAGCAAACUCCCAAUAAAACCAGAUACUGAGACGACCAAAAAGUAUUUCUCCUUGAAGGGCCUCUGUACAGUUCCAUGCCCCCCACUGGGGGAGCAAUGGCAGAAGCUAGGGAAGGUCUACCAGAAGACACAGACUACAGUAACUUGACCUAGACCUAGAGGUGGUUAUAAAAUUAUCAGAAGGAGAGCCAAGGGGCUGAAUUUUCUUACCCUAAACUACCAACGAGCACCGUUUGGAUCAGAUUGACGCUAUUUGUGGGUUAAAUCAACUGGUUUUGUCACUAACCUACUUUGGAUGAUGAACAUGUUGAGCCAUGGACUACUUCUUAUAGAGCACUGAAGGAUAAAAAAAGAGAAGUUCUACUUCCUGGUGACUGAAGCGAGGCG